AUGCAUCACCACCGCAGGAAGUCGGGCAACACGUCCAUGACGGACGUGCGCAAGUCUGUAGUGGCUACCGAUCCUUCGACCAAGCUACGCCGGCCAGGCAUGGCACGACGACAUACGCCAGUAAACGCCCAGAAACUUGGGCGAAGUCAUCGCGAACGAGAACGCGAUAGGCACGACUCAUGUGACGACGAGCGGGAAAGCUUCCCCCAGUUCUGCAUGACUUGCGAGAAGCAAUUCGUCCCGCACGACGAAAAGUUCCUCUACUGUUCCGACGCGUGUCGACGCAUCGACCAGCAGAGCAGCUCGUCUACGUCCCAGUCCGCUGCGGCCCAUCUUCGCGGCUACAACAACAGCAGCUACCCUCUCUACUCGUCCGGAAACCCCGAACCCAAAGACAUCAUCCCUCGCGCUGCGCCUUCACGGCCUACCUCGAUGCACUUUAGCAGCUCUCCUCCCGCGUCUCCCCGAACCGCGAAUUCCUCAUCCUAUUACAACCAUCAUCAUCAAACGUCAGCGAUCUCAGCCCUGCGAUCCCUCACUAUCGGACCCCCCAGCCCCCCUUCACCGACAGGGAGCAACGCCAGCAGUCUCUGGCCGUUCGGGCGAAGCGUCGUUCCGAGCCCCGGCAACUCUUACACAAAGCCGUCGGCGCCGUACCUGUCGUCAACCUACGAUAGUGGCUACAACUACGGAAGCAGCGGUGCCUACACGUACGAUGUGACAGGCGGCGCAGUGGAUCGACCGCUGCCAUCUCGUCACCCCAGCGUUUAUUCUCGCCCGAAGAGCAUCGAGCUCGUGACCCCGAUGGUCGGCCGUUGA